GACUAGGCGUCCACACGACACUAAAGCCCACUGCGCAUGCGGGGCCUCAGUACAAACUGCACCCAGUCACGUGAUAUUACACCAGCGCUUCCAGGUCAUAGAAAUGAAAGUACGCGGCCAGAGCGCCGUCAUGGGACGUUCUGCGUAUGAAUGGGUACCGGCUCUAUGAUACGUCCACUUCCGGUUACGUUUUCAAGGAAGACCAAGGAUGGCAACUGGUGGUACUGAGGCUCGUACGGGGGAUGUGGAGGAGGACGCCUCUCAGUUACUUUUCCCAAAAGAGUUUGAGAGCGCAGAGACGCUGCUGAAUUCUGAAGUGCAUAUGUUACUGGAGCACAGAAAACAGCAGAAUGAAAGUGCAGAAGAGGAACAGGAGUUAUCUGAAGUCUUCAUGAAAACGCUCAACUACACAGCCCGGUUCAGCCGCUUCAAGAACAGAGAAACCAUUGCCAGUGUCAGAAGCCUGCUAUUACAGAAGAAGCUGCACAGGUUUGAGUUGGCUUGUUUAGCUAACCUGUGUCCGGAAACAGCGGAUGAGGCCAAAGCGUUAAUUCCAAGUCUUGAAGGCCGUUUUGAGGAAGAGGAGCUCCAGCAAAUACUAGAUGACAUUCAGACAAAGAGAAGUUUUCAGUACUGAAGCCCCCACCCUCCGCCAUGUGUACAUUCUGCAGCUGUCAUCUCCAUCGCCAGCAGAGACUCUUUACCCACUGUAUAUUUUAUUUUGCUUAGUGUUCAUCCUUUAAUAAAUAAUUUUUAACAAAUUGUUUUUUGUAAUGCUGAAUUCUAUCAGCAAUUUCUUACCUGCUCAAUCAAAUAAUUGCAGUCCUGGUAAUGAACCAUUAAGUUGCGGUCUUCUGAUUUUACAUAAUAUGUACAUUUUUCAAUUUCAGACAAGAAUGAAAGCAGGUAGAAAAGUUUAUGUACAUAUGAAUUGUUUGUGAUGUGUUUUUUUGUUUUCUUUUAUGAUAAAAAAAUGAAAAGUUGUGUAGUAAAAUGACUUUGUUGUGAUAGUUUAAAGGAUUGCAGCUGUUUACAUAAACACACUUGUAGGAUUGUAUGAGAGUUGUUGUGGGGGGAAGUUGUGCAUAGCUUCUACCAUUGGAGGAUGCUUACACCUUAGUAUGGUGUUUCC